CAUUUAAUAAAAGUCCUCUUGCAUCGAAAUUGUGCCCAAAAAGGGGCGUGGUAGGGGGAGCUGCGGGGGCUGUGAAGGGUGAAGGGAGACAAUAGACCGGGCGUAUAUAAAGGCGCGAAGGGGCCUCGUUGAUCCACAAGUGUCUUCUCCUUCCACGAAACCACUUCAUCGUCUCAAGAUGAUGUUCAAGACUCUGCUCUGCGCUGCCCUGGUCGCUGGUGUGCUCAGCGAAGAUGCCAUGAAUAGGGAUAAGCGCGGCUUCGUCGGCGGAUCCGCAGGCGGCCACGCCGGAUACGGCGGAGGCUUCGGCGGGCACGCGGGCGGCGGCGGCGGCAGCUACAUCGUGGUGGGCGCAGGCGGCGGCGGCGGCCACGGACCUUCCGGCGCCGACAUCGCCAACCAGGCCGCCGCGCAGGCCACCGCCGCAGCCGCUGGCUUGGGAGGCGCUGCUCACGCCGCCGCCGCAGGAGCCGCCUCCAACGCAGCCGCCGCCGCCUUCGCCGCAUCUCAGACGGCACAGGCAGCCGCAGCCAGCAAGCAGGCGCAGGCCGCAUCCGUGACGCAGGCGGCGCAGGGCGCGCAGGCCGCUGCCUUCGCCGAGGGCUCCCUGGCCUCCAAGGCCAACAUCGCCUACCAGGCAGCCAAGCUGACGGCGUCCAUGGCCCAGGGCCUCGCCGCCAACGUGGCCACCAUCCUGUCGGAGGCCAAGGCCCUGGCCAGCCAGGCCACCACCAGCCACGCCGAGCAGCAGGCCUUCCUCAACGGCCAGAGGACCAUGGCGUGGCAGGCGCAGCAGGCCGCCAACUCACUCAACCAGCAGCAGUACACGGCGCUCAGCGACCUGGAGGACGCCGCCGGCGCCGCCGCGCAGGCCAGGGCGGCGGCCACCAAGGCCCUCUCCAAGGCCAAGGGCGCCUCCGGCUACGGCCACUAG